AUGCUCUUCUUGGCAGUAGUAUUAACUGCUCUUUUAACAAGGGCAGAUGAGCCUGUUUGCAGUUUGCGAGGCAGACCAGAAUCGCCUCAGUUUUCAAAGGAUGGAGACAUUACAAUUGGAGGAAUCUUUUCAUUACACGACAACCUUGUAGAAGCCAAACCUGCCUUUAAAGGAGAGCCUGAACCACUAAAAUGCAAAGGCUUAAACAUGGAAGAAUAUCAAUCAGCUGUAACAAUGAUCUUUGCCAUAGAAGAAAUAAAUAACAGUACAAAUAUUCUUCCUGGUGUUUCGCUGGGCUAUAAGAUCUAUGAUGCUUGUGGUUCUAUAACUCUGGCUAUAAGAGCGGCAAUGGCUUUAAUGAAUGGAGAGGAAGAAGGAACACUCUCUGACAAGUCUUGCACCAAAUCAUCAACUGCUCUUGCUAUUGUAGGACAGUCUGGUUCAUCACCAACCAUUGGGAUUGCUACAAGUGUUGGUCCUUUUAAAAUACCUGUGAUAAGUCAUUUUGCUACUUGUGCAUGUCUCAGCAACAGAAAGGAGUUUCCUACGUUUUUUAGAACCAUACCAAGUGAUUAUUAUCAAAGCAGAGCCCUGGCACAGCUUGUGAAGCAUUUUGGAUGGACUUGGAUUGGCGCAAUUAGAAGUGACAAUGAUUAUGGCAACUCAGGAAUGGCUACUUUUGUGAAAGCAGCCAGACAGGAGGGAGUUUGCAUUGAAUAUUCUGAGGCCAUUUACAGAACAUAUGCAAGAGAAACAUUUCUUAAAACCAUAGACAUUAUAAAAAAAUCCUCCUCAAAGGUUAUCGUGGCUUUCACGUCGCCAAUAGAUCUGGAAUUCCUGAUAAAAGAAAUGUUGUUUCAGAAUGUUACUGGUUUUCAGUGGCUAGGCAGUGAAUCUUGGAUUACUGACAAAGCCCUUGCAGAAGGUGAAAGUUAUAAAGUCCUGGGAGGGGCAGUUGGAUUUUCAAUUAGUAAAACUGCAAUUACAGGUUUGAAAGAUUUUUUACUGAAAGUCCGUCCAUCUGAUUCCCUAGGAAAUUCGGGCUUCAAUGAGUUUUGGGAAACUGUUUUCAGUUGUAGCCUGACUUCUCAAGACAUGAUGGUACCUAUCAAUCCAUGUACUGGGUCUGAGAAUUUAGGCAGAGUAAAUAACCCCUACACUGAUGUAUCUGAGCUGAGAAUUGCCCAUAAUGUAUAUAAAGCAGUGUAUGCUGUAGCAUAUUCACUACAUAAUCUGUUUACAUGUAAAAAUGGCCAAGGACCUUUUGAUGAGAACACAUGUGCAAACGUGAUGAAGACUGAACCAUGGCAGGUACUGUAUUAUCUGAAAAAAGUCAGUUUCACCACCAAGAAUGGAGAGAAUGUCUACUUUGAUGACAAUGGGGAUCCAGCAGCAAGAUAUGACUUGGUAAACUGGCAGCUCAAUCAAGAGGGCAUCACAAGAUUUGUAAAAACUGGACUAUAUGAUGCAUCUUUAUUAGGAGGACAUCAGUUUAUAAUGAAUAAUGUCAGCAUUGUUUGGAAAGGUGAUCAGGAUAAGGUGCCUAAAUCAGUGUGCAGUGAGAGCUGUCCUCCAGGCACUCGGAAGGCUGUUCAGAAAGGAAAGCCUGUUUGUUGCUUUGACUGCAUAACAUGUGCUGAAGGAGAAAUCAGCAAUCAGACAGAUUCCAUUGACUGUGUGAAGUGCCCUUUGGAAUACAGGUCAAAUGAGCAAAGAGAUAGAUGUAUUUUAAAAGACACUGAAUUCCUAUCCUUUGGAGAAAUCAUGGGCAUAGUUCUUGUAAUAUUCUCAUUGGUUGGAUCUUGUGUAACCAUAACUAUUGCUAUUCUUUUCAUUCAUUUUAAAAGUACCCCCAUUGUAAGAGCUAAUAACUCUGAACUCAGUUUCCUUCUUCUGUUUUCAUUAGCACUGUGUUUCCUUUGUGCACUUACUUUCAUUGGCCAGCCCUCUGAGUGGUCCUGUAUGUUGCGCCACACUGCCUUUGGGAUCACAUUUGUCCUGUGCAUCUCUUGUGUUCUGGGGAAAACAAUAGUUGUGUUAAUGGCGUUUAGAUCUACACUUCCUGGUAAUAAUAUGAUCAAAUGGUUUGGGCCCGUCCAGCAGCGGUUAAGUGUUUUUGCACUCACAUUCAUUCAGGCUUUAAUAUGCACUCUUUGGCUAACAUUAUCCCCUCCUUUCCCAAACAAAAACAUGAGAUCCUACAAAGACAGAAUCAUUUUAGAGUGUGACCUGGGAUCUGCUGCAGCAUUUUAUGCUGUUUUAGGGUAUAUUGGGUUUCUUGCUGCCAUGUGCUUUGUGCUCGCUUUUCUGGCUCGUAACCUACCAGAUAACUUUAAUGAAGCUAAAUACAUUACAUUUAGCAUGCUCAUAUUCAGUGCUGUUUGGAUCACCUUCAUACCAGCUUAUGUCAGCUCACCUGGGAAGUACACAGUUGCUGUAGAAAUAUUUGCAAUUCUGGCUUCCAGUUUUGGUUUGCUUUUCUGUAUUUUUGCUCCAAAAUGUUACAUUAUAUUACUGAAACCUGAAAGGAAUACAAAAAAACAUUUAAUGGGUAAAAUGUCCUCAAAGUCACUUUAA